AUGAAGGAGGCACUCGCCUACCCAGGGCCCAAGGUCGACGUUGUCGAAUCACCCAUACCGACUGCAGGACCCUUUCAGAUAAUUGUCAAGGUGUCUUGCGUUGGGCUGAACCCCAAAGACUGGAAAGUGGCUGAUGGCGCUGUUCCUGGAGUCACGCAUUCCAAUGAAGGUGACGAUUUUGCAGGAGUUGUUCACGAAAUUGGUCAGAGUGUAACAGAGUUCAAAGUGAGUGACCGAGUAGGUGUUUUCCACAAAACAUUGAGUCCAGGAGGGGGCUGGGCCCAGUAUGCUAUUGCUUGGGAGAGCAUGACAUUCCAUCUAGCUGACCAUGUAUCAUUUGAGGAAGCUGCAACUAUCCCAUUGGCGGCCAUAACUUCUUGUUUGGGGCUAUAUCGCCGUCUUUCUCUCCCUUACCCUUGGGAUCCUUGCGACAAACCUCAACCAAUUGUCGUUUAUGGCGCGGCAUCGGCUGUAGGUGCCUACGCUGUGAAACUAGCCGUUCUCUCGAAUAUUCAUCCUAUUAUCGCAGUUGCCGGGAGGGGAAUUGAUUUUGUAGAGACACUCAUUGAUCGGUCUCGUGGUGAUACCAUUGUCGACUACCGCCAAGGUGACAAUUCUGUGGUCGAAGCGAUAAAGACGGCUCUGGGAAAUAAAGAGCCUGAAUUCGCCUUUGAUGCCGUAAGCGAAAAUGGCACUGUUCUGAACAUUUCCCGGGUGAUAAACAAGACUAUCGGAAAGAUUGCUGUCGUACUGGAUACUCCAUCUGAUCUAGUUCCUGACGGAAUUUCGCGCAACAAUACAGCGGUUGAGACGAGCCAGGUAGACCUUGGCAACAACGUGCUUACUUGGCCCAAUUCCAAAGGCCAAAGCGUAGGAAUAACGCAUUUUACGACUGUUAUGUUGAAAUUUAUUGGGAGGGGUCUGAACGAAGGCUGGUUCAGCGCGCAUCCACAUGAAGUGGUACCAGGCGGCCUGCAUGGCCUGGAAGGUGCACUUACACGCCUGAAGAAUGGUUCAGUCAGCGCUACCAAACUUGUUGUGAGGAUCUCGGAUACCGAUGGCUUAGGGAAUUAA